AUGAACCACAGUGGCCCAUUAUUCGUCGCCCAAGAAGCGCUUUGCUUCUACCCUAUCAGCACAAUCUACGACUCUUGUCCAAGGUAUCUUUUCUACGCCUUGCUUGUUGCGAGCUGUGUUACACGUUGGACAGGAUGGUUGGCCGACGUGUUUCUCGGCGCCGCAGCGACAUAUGCUGGCACUGCAGCUAUUGAAGCUUUUAUCCUUGUGGCGAGUUAUUCAAAGAGGAAGGACUUUUCACCUGUCACUAUUCCCUAUAUUUCAAAUGAUACUACUUUAAGAAAUGACUUUCCUCAAGUUGUCACUCAGAAAGACACCAUAUUCCUCCAGCCCGGAGCUAUGGAAUUAGACGGUGACGCCGUCAUGGCAAUAGUAGUGACGGGAUACCUUGUCUUCCUCCCACUGCAAUGCUGGUCUCGUAUCUUGACGCAUGAAAGGGCACGGAAUCUACUCUUCUAUCUAUGGAACAUCCUGAUGCUAGCGGGAUCGAUCUGCGCGCUGGUUUACGCAGCGAACAAGAACGAGAUCCCGACUCAAUACAUGUUCUGUUACCCGGACCUCCCACCAUACCAGUCCACAUCAAGUGAUGGGUGGCAGGCUAGUUGGAGAACUUCAUCAUGGAAUAACAGUGUAUGGGAAAUAUUCUCAAAUGCCACAAGAUGGGCUGAAAUUGGCGACAUUUGCUAUAAUCCUUGCUUCAACUCCAGUCAGAUAUUACGAAAACCAGAAAGUCUGGAGUCGUGGACAGAGGGAAGCGACUCUGAAAUUUCACAGGGAAGUCGAUUUUGGAACAAGCUCAUCUACUCGAAAAGAUACAUUUACAGCUUGAUUAUCCUUUGUUUUAUCUUGAACUUCAUCCUUCUUACCUUCAAGUUUCUGUACAAAUCGCGCAUUCCCUCAGCUCAGAUCGUUGUCAUUUGGAGAGAAAGGAAGAAUAUCUGGAAGAGUUUCAAAUAUGAGUUACGGGAAUCUCUACCAAAACGGUCUGAGUCCGACCGCAAAGAUCAAAGAUCAGAUCCGACCGACUCUUCAUCUCGCUGGAAUCGAAUCAAACCAUUUUUCACCCUGCGAUUCAUAAAAGCUUCAUCCCGUGUCCUAGCAGAUCUUUGUAUCUUAUUUGCUCUCGUUUUCAGUAUGAUCAUCAGUCCAUUAACAGUCAUCGCCUUCAUCGCCUGGAUCGAGUGGUGGAUACACAAUGAUGGGCCUUCUAAGGAAAGCCCGCAACAAGUUGGACAGUGGUCUUAUCUUGUUGGGAUCGCUCUACUGGCUGUUUCUGCUGGGGUACUUACGCUGAAGUAUCGUCUUGCAUCUAAAUCGGAGUUGGAAAAUGAGAUAUCGAGGGUUACGGAGCAUCUUGAAAUGUUGGAACGGAGAAAGAGUGCGAGGAUUGAGUCGGAGACGACUACUUUGAUGCCUUGA